GCAGCUGGGAACUAAAAAGUUCAGCAAAACCUGCACGUUUCUGGUACUUCAAUUUAUCCCUCUCCUCAAAUCCACAGAGGAGUGUCAAAUUAAACUCGGUGUUCUUUCAACAACGGUUUUCUUUUAAAUUGUGUAUGUAAGUCUUGGACACAUGCUGAUUUAAAAAAAAAACCAGGAGCAUUUUGGAGCCACAAACCGCUGCAGCGAAAAGUCUGGAAAAAAAGAGACAAGACAUCGACUGUGGAGCAAAGACACGAUCGAUACAGCGGCAUUCGCGGGGGAUUUGGGUUGCUGGAAGGUGCCUUUCAGCCAGGUUUUAAAUACAAUUAUCAGUCAUUAUUUCAACAGCCGGAUCGCAGCUAAACACAGAUCAUCAUGCCAGUGCAGGCGGAGCGGCUGCUUUUCUCCCUGCUCUUGGCACUGUUGGGGAGGGAGAGCCUGGCAUUUUUGGUGCCCAACACUUGCGAGGAGAACGGCAGCGUGUAUUAUGUGGGUGAGUGGUACUUGCUGGAGUCGGAUCACUGCACACAGUGCGAGUGCACCGCGGACGGCGCCGUGUGCGCCCGCACCGAGUGUGUGCAUCUCCCGCCAGCCUGCAUCCAUGUCAGCCACUACCCGAGUGACUGCUGCCCUCGCUGCGAGAGGAUCGGCUGCGAGUACCGGGGAGAUGUCUAUGAGCUGGGACAGCAAUUCCAGCCAUCAGAGUGUGAACAAUGUACCUGUGAUAUGGAUGGAAUUGCACGCUGUCUAGUCGCUGAUUGUGCUCCACCCUCAUGUGUUAAUCCAGUGUAUGAGAAAGGAAAGUGUUGCCCAGAGUGCAAGGAUGGUCCAAAUUGUUACAGCGACUUCACUCAAAGUCAGGUGAUCCCAGGAGGGACCACUGUGUGGAUUGACAACUGCACCUACUGCCACUGCCAUGAUGGUCAGGACGUUGGAUACUGGGAAGGCAAUCGUGUAGCCAAGUGUGUGAUGGUUCCUCAUUGCAUUUUAAAUGACGAUCACAAUUAGUAAACACAAGAUUGUGGACAAAGUUGAUACUUCUGCAUCUCCUCAGUUCUCUGAUGCAUACCGCUGGGCAGAAUAUUUAGUCAUUGAUGCUAAAAAAAAGCCAUGAAUCUAUUGUUGUAAACUGAAAUUUAAUGAGGUAGACAGCUUUAUACAAUAAUAACCUUUCCCCUUAUGAUAGUUCCAAAGAUUGUGCCCUAUUUCCUUAGACCUCAUGAUCUUCAGGUAAGAUUCCUUUUUAUAACAUGGCAUAUUUAGAUAUAGUAGGAACUGCUCAGUGCAUUACGCUGGUGAUGGUACCAGGAGGAAGAAAAAUAAAUUACUAUUGAAUGUAAGGUUAAUAACACACUGUUUGUAUAAAUGGAUUUCAUUGGUCAUAAUAUGUUCUGUUGCUUAGAAAGAAUAUGAGCCAUAAAUUCUGUUGGGAUGUUUGUGACUAUUCAUAACUUAUUCUGCAUAAGCAUUGAAAUGGGAGAUCCACUAGUAUCUUAAAUGCCAUCAAGAGUUGUAUGGGAAUUUCCCCUUCUCCAACAAAUGACAAUUUGAUUUUUCCAGCAGGGUGGUCCUUCUCAAUAAUCCUGCCAUGGUGGGAAAAAAAUAGGCCCACAGCUGGAACCGGGAAGGCAUUAACUUUGCAUCGUCAGAUAAAUAUGUUGUCACUUUGAAGCCAAAGGAAUUAUUUUUUAAACUCCAAAAUUAAUUUUCCUGUCAGUGGUCAAGUAUUUCGCUUCAGUAUUUAGAGUGAAAAAUUUAGGAGCAUACAAACCAUGAUGGACAGAAAAAGAUCCAAUGGUCCUCACAGCCUGUUCCACAGAACUACGAUGCACAGUGCAUCACAACAUAUACACUCCCCAUUUUACCCAAAAGUUAUGUAAUCUCCUGGGAGAGGCCAAAAAAUCUAAGCCAAUUAGGGGAAAAAAUCUGGAAAGUUUCUCUCUGUGACCCCCUUAGAUGAUCAAAACUAGUCAAGGAGACCAAUCUGGCCCUGAUUAAUGUUAUACAGUAACUACCUUGCGUACAAGGUAUUCUCUGGAUAGAAACAGGUCCAGCUCUUGCUUGAAGGAAUUCAACAAAUCAGUGCACAAGCCAGCAGCUGAUUCCAAAAGCCCACUAUUCCAUUGGAAAAGAACCACCUCUUAACAUCUAACCUGGUCUGUCCUUACAUAACUUGGGAUUGUGAUCCAUGACCCCCUCUGACACAUUUAGUUGGAAGUCCUGCCUAGAUAAAUAACAAAUUCCAAAUUGAUUGGAGUUUCAUCCAGAUAUGAUGGGUUGGUGUUCAAACUGAUCACUUUUUGUUUCACUCACGAAGGGGAUUGAUCUAUUCAGUACCUGAUUUUCAUUCCAAACUGAAAAGAGGCUUAUGCUCCAGCAGUACUGAUUAACAUAAUAGAUCACCCAUCACAGUCAUCAUAGUGAUAACAUUUAGAAACAGAAAGUUUAUGGCACAAAGGUGUCAUAUUGUACCAUCUACAAGAUGCACCGCAGGAAUUCACCAAUGCUCCUUCGACAGCACCUCCCAAACCCAUGAUCACUAUCAUCUAGAAGGA